UAUCAUACUGAGAGUUGCGGUAGCCAUAUCGUGAAUAUAUUGCGUUAGAGAUAUUUACUACAAAAAACUACAAGUUUUCUAUUUAAAAAUGAAAAUCUUCAUUGCUAUUUGCGUUUUAGUUGCCGUUACUUCUGCUGAAUAUGUGGUAAAAACUCGUGAAAAUCUUUUACAAUAUCGUCAGGAGUGUGUUCAGGAACUCAAUGUGCCCGCUGAACGUGUUGAGCAAUUCAAGAAAUGGGUCUUCCCCAAUGAUGUUACUUCGCAAUGCUAUUUGAAAUGCGUUUUUGUGAAGUUUGGCUUAUUUGAUACUCAGAACGGUUUCAAUGUGGAAAAUAUACAUCAACAACUGCAGGGCAAUACAGCUCCAGCUACUCAUGAUGACGCUCUCCACGCUCAAAUAGAAUCCUGCAUUGAUCAGAAUGAACAAGGAUCCAACGCUUGCGAAUGGGCCUAUCGUGGUGCUACCUGUUUCCUGAAACAAAAUCUGCAAUUAGUUCAACAAAGCGUAGCUCCACAGGCUUAAAAUAUUCAUAAUUAAAAAAUAAUGUAUUAACAUAAUAAUAUAAUAAGUUUCGAUCACAUUUCUGCUCAAAAAAUUAAUGUACAACGUUUCCAGAACAAAGCCAAUAAAAAUUAUUUUCUUUCACAAA